UGCACCGCUGCUCUCAAAACAACACUUCGCCAUUUCAGGCUCAGGGGGCCGCGACUAACUCCUGCGAGGGAAUUAGGUCAACCGAGCGGCGGUGGCAGGCUGCGGGGCCGUUUCUUCACUUGAAAAACACUACUAAUUCUUUCUCUAUCGUCAAAAAAGGCCUCGGUUAUUGUGCUCCGAUGCGUGUUAUCUGGCUGCUGCGAUUGAGCUUUUCCAGCGUGGGCCCGGGCUGAAGUGUCAAGUCGGAUUUUCCUGCUAACGGCGAGAAAGAUAGCAGAGUGUAAACAAGGAUGAAGAGGAUGAAAGGAGGUGAGGAGGACAGCCCUGGCUCUCCCAGCAAGAGCCCACCUGAGGCUCGCAAGAAGGUGCGGAAGCAGACGGGCGCAGAGUCAGAGUCAGAGACAGCGUCAGCGGAGGCCAGUGAGUCGCCAGACUGUCACUGGGCAAGACUGCCUCAGGAGCUCCUGCUCCAAAUCUUCCAGUACCUCCCUCUGCUGGACCGGGCUUACGCCUCUCAGGUGUGCCGUGGGUGGAACCAGGCUUUCCACAUGCCCGAGCUGUGGAGAUGCUUUGAGUUUGAGCUUAACCAGCCAGCCAGCUCCUACCUGAAAGCUACACAUCCAGACCUCAUUAAACAGAUUAUAAAGAGGCACUCCAACCACCUGCAGUACGUCAGCUUCAAGGUGGACAGCAGUACAGAGUCUGCAGAGGCAGCAUGUGACAUUCUUUCACAGUUGGUGAACUGCUCACUGAAGACCUUGGGGCUCAUCUCUACAGCCAGGCCCAGUUUCAUGGAGGUUCCAAAGUCUCAUUUCAUCUCAGCUCUGACUGUGGUGUUUGUCAACUCCAAAUCGUUGUCCUCGCUUAAGAUUGACGACACGCCAGUGGAUGAUCCAUCUCUGAAGGUGCUGGUGGCCAACAACAGUGACACCCUGAAACUGCUGAAGAUGAGCAGCUGCCCUCACGUCUCCCCAGCAGGGAUCCUGUGUGUGGCCGAUCAGUGUCACGGGCUGAGAGAGCUGGCGUUGAACUACCACCUCCUGAGUGAUGAACUCCUACUGGCCCUCUCCUCAGAGAAACAUGUCCACCUGGAGCACUUGCGUAUUGAUGUGGUGAGUGAGAACCCGGGCCAGCACUUCCACACCAUCAAGAAGAGCAGCUGGGACGCCAUGGUGAGGCACUCGCCCAAAUUCAACCUGGUCAUGUACUUCUUCCUCUAUGAGGACGAGUUCGGCCCCUUCUUUAACGAGGAGAUCCCUGUCACACACCUCUACUUCGGCCGCUCAGUCAGCAAGGAGGUCUUGGGCCGAGUUGGCCUCCACUGCCCCCGUCUGGUGGAGCUGGUGGUGUGCGCUAACGGCCUGCGUCCUCUGGACGAGGAGCUGAUCCGCAUUGCGAAGCACUGCACCCAGCUGUCAGCCAUCGGCCUGGGCGAGUGCGAGGUUUCCUGCAGCGCGUUUGUGGAAUUUGUCAAGAUGUGUGGCCGUAGGCUGUCUCAGCUGUCCAUCAUGGAGGAGGUGCUGAUUCCAGAUCACAAAUACUCCCUGGAUGAGAUCCACUGGGAGGUUUCUAAGCACCUGGGCCGUGUCUGGUUUCCAGACAUGAUGCCAACCUGGUAAAGAGCAGCCAGAAAGCACACAGAGUUCAGUGUGACAAGUUUGAGGCAAAGAACAUUCAUGCCCCCUCCAUGUUUGCGUUAAAAAAAAUCUUCAAAUGCUCAGCAGAAGUGGAAUGUUUGGUAGCAACAUGGAGAGCAUAAACUCGCUGAACUGUGUGGAGUGCAAGGGCAGUGAUGUAAUGUGGCACCUGACUGCCACACAAUGUUAUCAUGUCAUGUAAACACCACAAAACUCUCUGCCUGUUAUCUUCCAAAUGGACUGUAAAAACCUGCUUUGCAGAAUCCGGAGACAGAACUCACCAGGCUGGCUUCUACACAAUCAACACACAGACCAUUGCAGAUGGAAAUAUUAAACUAAAACAAUGUUUUUAUAACUGGCAAAAUGAGUUAUAUGGACAUUGUAGCCUGGUCAUAAUAAUCUAUAUUAUGAGAGAUGUCAGUGUGUAUGUAUGUAUGUGUGUGUGUGUGUGAGAGUGAGUGUGAGUGUGUGUUUCAAUGUUUUUUAACAUUGUGGAGUAAUUGGAACGAUGAGGCGCACAAUUGCAUGUUGUUACACUACCACUUGGCCUACUUAAAUCCAGUCUGAGAUAGCAGCUACGCACUCUGUCACAAAAUAUGGCGUCGGAGGUAUUUGUACAUGUUAUGAGACAGAAGGCGUUUUGUAAGGUGUAGUCGAGGCGAUUAUUCACUAAAUUUGAAGAAGAGGGGCUGGAUCCUACACCUCAGUUUAAACUAAUGUAAAACAUACGAGCGGUUGUGUUGCUUUUCCUCCUCGCCCUGAACUCAGUCACGCGUCCGAAAAGAAAUACAACUGCUGAAACUGUUGGCUAGGAGAGAAAGAGAAAUGUGUAUAUUAGUCUCUAUAUUUGUGACGUGAAGGUAUACAGUGUUGAUUUUUUUUUUUCUUUUCUGCAUCACACAUGAAUUGGCUUAAUUUAACAAACAUUGUUUAGAGAUCAUUUCUGUACAGUUAUAGAUAUCCUAAGCACCUUACAUGGAUACCAAAUACUAGUCAGGACAAACCAAGUCUUUGUGUUUUGGGGGCGUUUAAACGCCCGAACGAAAGCAAAGAAACUAUCUUCAUAAUGCUCCAAUAUUUCUUAGUUGGACCCAGAUUCUAAUGCUCAUUAUUUCAGCUGUAGUGAGGCUCUGUUGAAUCAGAGACCGAGGACACUAUAUUGAAGUAAUAAAGCUAUAAUAAACAAUCAGAUAAAUAACUGUAUAUAAUAUAGAUAGUGCACAGAAAUGUCUGAGGUAGAUAUUGGUAAGUCUCCAACCUUCAUGGUCAGAUUGCUUUAUAAUCAUUCAACAAUAGGCUAGUCUCUGUGGCUGUCAGCUUAUAAAUGCGCGCUGGGAAUGCAAAACUAACCCUUUGUGUCGCUCAGGUGCAUUCAAUGAAUAUUUCCUAUAUAGGUUUCAUUUGUAUCUUCUGCUAUUUGCCUGUUCAAGCUCUAAACUUCGGCCCUGUCGUGAAUAUCUGCCCUCUUAUUAGCCCACGUUUGCUCUGUAUUGUGUUAUCUCAUCGUACACGCAGGAGAGGAACAGUGUUCAUUGUGUCAUUUACAAACAUCGUCUUUGCAGAAAUCGCUAGUGCUCCUUUCCAAAAAAACAAACAACAACCCCAAAACAUCCAUUCAUUUCAGUUAAAAAGAGAUUUGGCAAGUCAGAUGAGUGAAACAAACAUUUUUUCCUUUAAGAAGGAAGUCAAAUGCAUCUGUAUAUAAAACGCUGUGUGUUUGAUUAUUGUGAAUAGAAAUGUACUUAUUUCUUUAUUUCACCCUCUGUCAGGGUUUGAAGUUUCCUUAACCGACGGCUAGUGUCUUUUAUAAACCAGAGUGCGAGUUAUCCUUUACUAGAUGGAUCUUUUUCAUACUCUACUCACUAGAGAAGAUAAGCUGUGUAAUUUAUUGAUAUGGAUAUUGCUUUUGUAAUUAAUUUGUGUUUUUCGGUAAUACAAAAGAAGCAAGAAUCAUUAAAAAAAACCAGCAAGCAGACCAGCAGCAAGAUUUUGGUUUUGACACUUCCAUCCCACUCUCUCUUGCAUACAGGGGGGUCCAAAAGUCUUAAAUCAACCACCACAAACUUUUAAGAAUUGAUCAACACACUGGAGCGAUUUUAACAAAACUCAAGUGAUCACACUCCAGUUUGUCAAUCUAACCCUGCACACAGUUCUGCAGAGGAACGCCAUAGUUUUUGUGUUAAAUUGUGUGAAAGGGAUGCUUGAAUCUCCUGAAGAGAAAGGAGUGCUAACUUGUAGGGCUUUCCUCUCCACAGUCACCAGAUGUGAACCCUGCUGAUCAUUGUGAGGAAAACUUAAAAGUUAACAUCAGAUCAACAGGAAUCUGCUACCUGGAGUAACAUAGACUGUAAAAAUUGGCAAUAAGAAGAUAAACCAAAUAUUGUGAGCAAAAUUGUAAUCAAACAUUUUGAUUUGUGUCAGUAUAUGUUAUUAAAAGUUAUGUAAUUAUGUUCGAGAAAUAUAAUUUGACAAACAUGUAUUUUCAGUUGUCAGUAGUGGACGAACUUUUGGGCAAUCCUGCAUGUGAUUUAUUUUCAAGCUAUUCUUCAUUCCUUUUCAUCCAAGUCGCAUUAGAUAUUUCAUGUAGCCAAACGGGACUGUAGAGAACCACUGAGUCGCUUUUUGCAGGAAGUAUUAUCGGAUUGAACUAACAUAGUCAACUCGUAGUAUUGGUCUCUUAUAACCUGCGCCGAUUGUCCGUGCUCAUGUAGGAUAGCAUCUCAGCGGCUCAGUAACAUAUCUCCUGAUUAUUUUUCAUGAUUUUUGCUGUGGAUAAAACAGUUGCCGUUGCAGCAGCUCUAAAGCGAAGCCUCUUCAGCUUCUUUCAGCUUUUUGAAGGCAGUGUCUCAAUGCUUAUUUACUACAUUUUCCUGUUGGUCUUUAUUGGCUUUUAUUUUAAAAUCCAGCCGGAUGAGUAAAACGUUUCAUACAGAUUUAAGAGGGAAAUGUAUUUAUCUUUCAUCGUUAAGAUGCCUCUUGUCAGUAAUUGUCAUUUUAACCUCGUUUGUUCAGAGAGUCCUCCGAUAAGUUUAUUAGGAGUAAACUUGUGUUGACAAUGCUGUCCUUUAGUUUUGCUUCUGUAUGGCAAAUGCUUUGUCUGCUUUGCUUUACUGGUCACCUGUCAUGAAAUUAAAAUUGUUUUUGGACAUGUGAUCUUAUACUGGUAAUAAAAAAUUGUGAAUGUA